UCGUAGUAGAAAUACUUCUUAAAUCAAGUGAUAAAAGCUAAAAUAUAGUAGAUUAAUAGCAAAUUCUACUACUGAAAGUAGCAGUAGUAGUAGUUCUUCUUCUGAUAGUAGUAGUGAUUAAAGCAGCAGAAGUAAUUCUGGAAGUUCAUCAGGAUGUCAUUUCAUAUAUUAAAUUGGAGAAAAGAUCGACAAAUAUAUGAUCACCAAGUAUUUGAGUUAAGGGACAUUUGGAAUGGUGUUAGAAGUAACAGAUGAUUUAGGAAUGGCAUAUGCUGUUAAAGUUAUUAGAUUAAUAUUCAGAUCUUGAGCCAAACUGAUCAUACAGAAGUGGAAGUUCUUAAAUAAAUCUAGCAGUUU